AUGUCAUCAUCAUCAACAAUUGGCGAUAUUCUAAAUACUAUCAGACAAUAUAGCGUCUAUCUAAAUUAUCUCGCAAUCAGUGGUGGAAUUUUUGGUCAUAUUCUAAAUCUUUUAGUUUUUACUCAAUUGAAACGUUUUCGUAACAAUCGAUAUGCUCUUUAUAUUAUUAUUGAAUCAAUUGUAGCACUUAUUUUUCUUUUUAUUUCCACAACGAAUGUAUUAUUACGAAUAGCAUAUGGAUAUGAUCUUAGUGAUAACAACUUAAUUUGGUGUAGAAUGAGAUUCAUAUUUUAUCAAGGUCUAUCACUUAUUUUAUUUUUUACAAUAUGUUGUGCUGCUUGUGAUCAAUUCUGUUCGACAAGUUAUCAUUUUUCUAAUAGACAUUUGUUCACAUUGAAACUAGUUCAAUAUCUAAUGUCUAUUUCUAGUUGGCUUUGGUUUAUUCAUAGUCUAACAUUUAGUCUUUUUCUUAAUAUUCAACCAUUGUUUGGAUGUAUUAUUACAAAUCCAAUAUUAACUACAUAUUCAACAUAUUUCUUUUAUCCAUUUCUAUAUGGUCCUGUACAAAUUGCUGUGGCAUUUUUAUUUAGUUUAUUAGCUUUUCGAAAUGUUCGUCGUAUAAUUCGUCGACAAAUUCCCAUUAUUCGUCGUCGAUUAGAUCAGCAAAUGACAGCAAUGAUUUUGACUCGUGUUUUAUUUUUCAUUAUCUUAUCAGUACCAUAUACAAUUUAUCGUAUUUAUAGUAUCAAUAAUCCUCCUCCGAAAUCGAAUCAGUUACAAUACACAAUUGGAUUAUUUCUUCAAACAAAUCUUAAGUAUUUGUUUUCCUUAAAUUAUCAGAGUAGUUUCUAUAUAUUUUUUGCAAUAUCAUUACAAUACCGUCGUCAAGUGAAAUAUGUUUUAGUGAAAAGAUGUUGGCAACGAUGGAAAAAUUGGUAUUGUAUUCAUCAAAAUCAAGUUAUUCCGCUUAAUAUUGUAUCAACUAUAUCAAAUAAUGAACUUGAUUAA